AUGGCAGAUUUUCUAACGAGGUUGCCGGCACCACGCGCCUCCUCGCGUCUGUUAGUGUCCGACGCUUCUCUUGGGUCUUAUUCGUUGUCUGCGGCUCCCAUCCGCCCUUUCAAGUCAAACAGCACCGCGAAAACAAGCACUGCUAUUCCUCCAUACCCUCACCGCCAGGGAUUUGUGCCAAGAUGUGAAGAAGACUUCGGAGGAGGGGGCGCCUACCCCGAGAUCUUCGUCGCGCAGUUUCCCCUCGGCAUGGGCAAAAGUUCGGAUACCAGCACACCGGGCUCGACCCUGCCUCUGCAAAUAGGAGCAGAUGGUCGCCUGGCUUACGACUUAGUUGUUCGGCAUGGCUCCACAAAGACGGUGGUGUACACCGGUCCAGAGAGCGCCAACGGAGUGGUGCUGCAAGGAGCGGCAGCGGCGGCCGCUCGCCAAUUGCCCAGUAGAGAGGAGGAGGAAAAAGAACUUCUCAGAACCAAACAAGCCAUCGAGCAAGAACUCGAAAAGAAAAGCAACGCAGGCAAAGCCCAGCCGCAGCAUAGAGAAGCGGAAUUCGUCAGAUAUACCCCAGCCAAGGCGGUAGAGGGCCACAACAGCGGCUGCGCGCAGCGGUUGCUGAGGCUGGAAGAUUUAGCUGUCGAUCCUCUGGAGCCUCCGCGUUUUAAACACAAGAGAGUGCCAGCAGCUCGUUUCUCGCCACCUCCUCCUGUCUUGCAUUCUCCUACCAGGAAGCUCACACUUCAAGACCAGCAGGACUGGAAGAUUCCCCCUUGCGUUAGCAACUGGAAGAACCAAAAGGGUUAUACCAUACCUCUUGAUAAGCGCGUUGCUGCAGACGGCAGGAACCUGCAAGAUGUGUCAGUGAAUGACAAGUUUGCUUCUCUUUCCGAAGCCCUCUAUAUCGCGGAACGUCAGGCGAGGGAGGAGAUUAGGCUCCGUAACGAAGUUAAAAAGCAGAAGAAAAUCCGCGAAGAAGAACUCAGAGAACAGCAACUCAGGCAGCUGGCCGCCCAGGCGAGAGCAGAGAGAGCCCAGUUGCUGCAGCAGUCGAGGCGCGCUGCUGGGGCAGAUGCCGAAGAGGAGGCGGAGAGACAGCAACGCGAACAGUUGGCUAGAGAAAGAGAGAAAGACGUUGAACGUGCAGUUCGCCUUGAGAGAAGCAGGGGCAAACGAAGGGAUGACUCGCAAAGAGACAUCAGUGAAUUGGUUGCCUUGGGUCUACCGGUGGAUGCGAAGAAACAACGCACGGACUCGAUGUUUGAUGCGCGUCUAUUCAACCAAGGAGGAGGGACGGAUUCGGGAUACAAAGGGGGAGAAGACGAUACGUACAACUUGUAUGAUCGUCCCCUAUUUGCCCAGCGUGGAGGUGCAGGAAUUUAUCAGUUUAGCCGCGACAGGUUUGCAAGCUCCGUUGGAGAAAAUUCAGAAUUGGCAUCAUUUGCCGGUGCCGAUAAAACGAGGUACACAAGGACGGGCCCAGUGGAAUUCGAAAAGGACGUGGCGGAUCCGUUUGGACUGGACAAUCUUCUGUCUGAGGCUCACAAGAAGUAA